AUCAGAGAGUACCCAUCAUCAGAAAUCACUUCUACCAGUUCGCCAAGCCGACUACUUUUGUUCACUUUCACAGUUUCAGCUAGUAAAACAUUUGAGAGAAACAGAAAAAUGAUAUCAGCCCAAAAAUCUAUGGCUGCUGUCAACUCUUUCUCUCUUCUUCGUGAUUAUGCAAGGGCUGGAAGGAUUGUUGCAAGAGUGAGAGCCUCACCAGGAAUCGCUUCUUAUCCCAGUUCUAUAAAUUUUCUAACUGCAAAUCACUCACGGAGAUAUCUAUGUCGUGCUAGUGCUACACAUGAUGAAGAGGCUGCAGCGAAGGCAGCUGCAAUCAAUGCUGACAGUGGAGUUCCAACCAUAUUUGACAAGAUCAUAGCAAAGGAAAUUCCUUCAACCAUUGUGUAUGAAGAUGAUAAAGUCUUAGCAUUCAAGGACGUCAAUCCACAGGCUCCUGUUCAUGUUUUAGUCAUUCCAAAGGUUAGGGAUGGAUUGACACAGCUUGGAAAGGCUGAACCAAGGCAUGGAGAGAUUCUGGGUCAACUUCUUUAUGCCGCCAAAAUUGUUGCUGAAAAAGAAGGCAUUGUUGAUGGGUUUCGAGUUGUCAUCAAUAAUGGUCCAAGUGCCUGUCAAUCAGUUUAUCAUCUUCACUUGCAUGUCCUAGGUGGGAGACAGAUGAACUGGCCACCUGGUUAAAGAGUUGAAGCAGAUGCAUCCUGAAACUUUCAUGGCUUUCAAUUUCCCUUGUGCUCUCUUUCUCCUUUUCUUUUCUAUCAUUUCUAAGGCUUGAAUUGGUCUAGUGUACUUCGAAUCUUAACACCUUGAAGAGGUGAGAAAUUUGGGUUUUGCGCUAUUACAUGCAAUUUGAUUUUUCAAUCAAA